AAUGGCAAUCAGCUGAUUUCAGUAGCUUCUAUUCACCAGGUCUGUCAAUCUCCGUGUUACUGGCGCGUGCGUCUUUUGUAAUUGAUAUGCUGGCUUUACUCGACUUGGUAUAAAGACCCUCGAAUUUACAGCUGAUUUCAUUUUAUUCACGUUAUUAUAGAGGCUAUCGGGAGAAUUCGGGCAACCAUGGUUGUGGUGAAUAUUCCUGGAUUCUCACUGAAAGGGGUCAUCUUUCUGCUGUCCGUCUCGAACCUAUUGUGUAGCCAUAUUUCACCAAACCAUAACCGGACUUAUUACAAAGAUUUAACAGAUUUAUCAAAUUUAGUGACUGUUACGGAUGACACGGAAAAGAAUUUAGAGGAUUACGUUGAUAAUAAAGUGAUUGACGAUACUGAAACCAUUAUGGACGAUGCUUUACAAUAUAACGAAACGUUUUCCGCAAAUCAAACUUUCAGCAACACAACCCAAAGAAACUGUUCACAAUGUGUCACAAGACAAAGGGACAAACGGAUGAGAAUGGAAUUAAUAAAGCAGCAGAUUUUAACCAAACUCCAUUUUAAAACUUUACCUAAUAUGACCGCUAAAGUUCUCCCUAAAAUUCCAUCCAUUUCCAGUUUAUUAGCGAGGUUUACUGAGGAUAUGCAGGGAGAUUCUCCGUAUAGAACGCAUGAUUACGAAGAAUACGACGACGAUCAUGAUUUUUACGGGCGGGUUGAUCGAGUCUAUACCGUGGGAAAACCUGUGCCAGAUGAGCUUGGUAUACCAAACAAACAUGGAUGUUAUUUCAAAAUGCCGGAUGAAGUCCAAAAUGUGCGAAUUCGGAUGGCGAUUCUUUGGUUUUAUGUGAAGCAGACAGUUCCACAGAGCACAGCUAUAGAGAUGCGAGUACACAAGAUCUGUCCACCUAGUAUGAAGUGUGGUCACAACAACACCGUGCGGAUACAUUACAAAAAGCACAUACCAAGCUAUAAAAAGGGGAAUAACUGGCACAGAGUUGAUAUCAGACAUCUUGUUCAUAAAUGGAUUAAUUAUCCAGAGAUGAAUUAUGGCUUGGUGUUGACGGCCUUCGAUCAUGAUGGACGAAAUCUGGUCGUUACGCCGUCCAUAGAAGACUCCGAGAACCACGGUUAUGAACCGAUUCUAGAAUUUGAGACAGUAGAACUAAAGAAGCGCAGGCCAAAGAGGAGUAUUGCUUUAGUAUGUACAGAUAACACGAAUGAGCAACGAUGUUGUCGAUAUCCCCUGGAAGUUGACUUCGUGGAUUUUGGUUGGGAUUGGGUAAUAGCACCUAUGAGAUAUAAAGCAGAUUACUGUUCUGGAGAGUGUCAAUCAACCUAUCAAGAUGAACAUGCUCAUGCAUAUUUACGGCAAUAUGCAUCUCCAACAUCUGACGGCCCAUGCUGCACACCAACAAAGCUUCAACCCAUUUCACUUUUAUAUUUUGACCACAACCAUAACAUUCUAUAUACAGAUUUAAAAAACAUGAAAGUUAUGAAAUGUGGAUGUGCAUAAGGCGAUCAAACAACAUCAGUCAGUCAAUCCACUGAAGCUACGAUAAGGGGUGAGCUUGGAAACUAAACUACAUCUCGAACAUACGAUACAUCUUCUGAUGUUGGUGAUCAUCUCGUGUUCAUCUGAUACUGAUGUAUCAUUUGAUGCUGAUUUCAUCUCAUAUUGAACUGAUAUUGGUCUUUAUAUACUGGUCUGAUUUUGAUGUUGAUCGGAUGUUGACGUUCAUUAAUGUAGAUCAGAUGCUGUUAUAUACUGAUGGUGGGAUAUUCCAGCUGCUGAUCUGGUAUUAACGGUUACCGAUCUGAUUUUGAUGUUGAUCUGAAAUAUGUGUGCACGGAAGUUGUUGUGACCCAAUGUUGAUCUGAUAUCUGUGUGCACUGAUUCAUAUUUGAUGUUAGUGUGCACAUACACUAACUCUGUUCGGAGGUUAUUGUGUACUGGCAUGUGGGUGUGUGUGUGUGUGCAUGAAUGCUAAACUGGUGUUGGCGCACAUGAAAUUCUAUUAAUGUGUGCACACAUUAUGAACUGAUAUUGAUGUACCUAGAUGCUGAUUUGGUAUUGGUGUACACUGAUGAUGAACUGGUAUUGGUGUAUGCUGAUGCUGAUUUGGUGUUGGUGUACAUUGGUGCUGAUCUGGUAUCGGCGUACACUGAUGCUGAUCUGAUGCUAGUGUACAAUGUUGCUGAUUUGAUGCUGGUGUACACUGAUGCUCACCUGAUACUGGGGUGUACUGUUACUGACCUGAUGCUGGUGUGUACUGAUGCUGAUCUGACAUUGGUGUAAACUGGUCCUGUUCUGGUGUUGGUAUCACUGAUGCUGACCAGAUGGUGUUGAGUGCACUGGUAUUCAUCAGAUAAAUUUUAGACUGGAAAGAGACGAUACUCAAGUAGUGCUCGUGUUCAGAUCUUAAGAACGCAGCGUAGCUAUGAAACCACAAUACGUGUUCUCCAGCACAAUAUUACGUCAUAUAAGUGGAGUUGUAAUAUGUUAAAGUGUGUUGUGAUUAAACUGUGAUACUAGAGAUAUAUGUAUUAUUAUUAACUAUUAAAAUAUGCGCAUCACACUGGGUGUCACGUGGUGGUGGCGUUGGGGGGAUAUGGGGCAAAAAUAAUAAUCCUGCAUUAAAGUGUUUCCUUUAAGCAGACUGGUCAUAAUUUCACUAGAUGUACAUUUAGUGUAAGUUGUUGGUAAAUUGUUUACGCAUCAUAUUAUUAGCUAUUGAAUGUUGCCUUGUUAAAACACAAUAGUGAGACACAUGUCUCAAGACAAAGAGACAGAAAUAUAAAUAUAAAAUGGUACUGUAUUUAAUUAAUACGAGCAAGAUAUUAUAGAGAAAUAUCGGGUUCAAAACGCGAUAUGUAGUAAAAAGUAGAAAAUUAAAAAGAAAUUCUUAUCUGUGACUUUAUGCAUUUGAUCUGGUAACACAUCCAUAUUUUCAAUUUGAAACCGUCCGAAUUCCACUUUCAUCUACAGAAUUUCUACUUUCUACUCUCAACUUUUGACUUUCGUCUUUCUUCCGACUUUUUGCUUAUGGUUUUGUUCCGCAGAUCUUUUCCACUGGAAUUUCUUCUACCGACUGCCAUAUUACGGUGAUAAAUUGUUUUGGAGAAAAUAAGCUUUUGAAAAUCGUGAGCAGAAAGUCUACGGACAAGACACGAUACGCAGAAAUCACAAACAAACGUACAGUGUGUUAAAUCCAAUCGCAUCAAUAGUCAUUUAAAAAUAUAUAUCUGAUACGGGGAGUCGCAAUAUUUUAAUUAACUAUUGAGCUCAAUCCCCUUUACACUGCAUUAAUUCCAUGAAGGGAUUUUUAGUAAAGCCAAAUAAUAUAGUUAAAUUAUCGCGUAUAGGUGGGGCAAAAUAAAACAAGGGAAGCAAAAUAGAACAGUUAAAAUAUCGCGUAUAGGUGAAGCAAAAUAAUACAGUCAAUUUAUCGCGUAUGGGUGAAGCAAAAUAAAACAGUUAAAUUAUCGGGUAUAGGCGAAGCAAAAUAGAAUAGUUAAAAUAUCGCGUAUAGGUAAAGCAAAAUAGAACAGUUAAAAUAUCGCGUAUAAGUGAAGCAAAAAAUAAUGCAUAUGCUACGAUUAAAAUAUAUAAAUAUAAUCAUCAAACAAUCAAUUAGGACUAAAGUCUCAUUCAAGGUGACACUGUGAUUCCAAGGAGAAAAUAUUAUUUAAAAUUGUAUUAAUGACGACGAUAAACCGAAAAAUAAUCGGAAAAAAUUGUAAUUUUCUUUUCAGCUUGGUUUUUGAGAUUUAAAUAAUAAUUUUUCGCAUGUAAAAAUAAUAACAGUUAGCAGGGGUGUCAAAAAUACGACAAUACGCCACAAAAUGGUGUUACUUGGAUUAUUUUAGAUUUUGCUAUAUUUUAUCGCGUCAAUAUAAUAGGAUAAAAAGAAAAAUGAGAUAUUAUUGAGAGAGGCACGUCCUUUAUGUUCAGGUACACGAAGUUGGACUUGGAGUGUAAAUAAACGAAGAUAGGGCUACAUGUAUAAAUUUUGUGAAUGUUUGUAAAAAAAAUAUCUUUUAAUGACAUAUUUAAAACCGCGUUUACGAACAAUGGGGAUAUAUAAGAUUAAUCUACGCAUUAAAUAUCUUUAUAAUAGUUGUCACAAUAUUAGAGUAUUACGAUAUGCAUUUGAUAUCUGGUUUGCAAAAGUAACGUUAGCAUACACUGAGGUGUACAUAACAACAGUAUUUAUUUUUUAAACGUAUAUCAGUAUUAAAGAGGCAUUAUAACUCUCCAACAAAAACCCCCAAAUGUAAUUCAUUUUGAUUCAUAGCAUAUUCAAAAUAACCCCAAAUACGUUCGUGAUAUGAAAUGUAAUUCAUUUUGAAUCAUAAAAUAUUCAAAAUAACCCCAAAUACGUUCGUGAUAUGAAACGUAUUUCGUAAAACGUUGACUUUGUGAAGACUAUUUUUAUCGGUUUUAAAACAAUGAAACAUAAAUACCAAAAAACAAAAUCGCCCCAAAAACAUAGCGUAUGUAAUAUUUCAUUUCUGAUUUUAACAUGAAAAACAUAACGUAGUAUAGUGCGAAUCCUAUGCCCAUGACCACUACUUGUCAAUGGUUUGUCUUAAAGCCGCUGAUGGUUAUUUUAGGGAUUUUGAUUCUCUGGCAAACUAGAUUAAAGAUGCAUUAUGUAAGAGAUAAAUUGCAGGUCUUUCUUUAGGCCUUAAAUGUUAUAUAAAUUAUUAUUUCGACACUAAUAAACUUACCAUAAUGAACUCUCGGUGUCAUCGGAUGACGUAGAUUUUCGACAUAUUUUAACAGGAUUGGCGGUUAAUGAUUUGAUUAAAAAAUGGAUAAUCCAGACUUUGUUUACUAUCGCAACAACGGUAGCAAUGACAAUCGAGACUCCGCUUUUCUUGAAGCAGCCCUAACGUCACUUAAAAUAAAGUAAUUGACUGAAAUAUGUAAGAUAUUCUCUUUUAAAUAUCUAGUUUUUAACUAUUAUAGCGAGAACUGUCGACUCUUUCUCGAAAUCUUACAUAAUGCAUCUUUAAGUUGAACAACUGAAAUGAAAAUCAGUCCAAAAUUGUCUAAGAAUGUCAAAUACAAAUCAUUUAGAUAGGAUUCGAGUCAGUUAUGUGAAUUUAUUAAAUUUGUGUUUUAGUGUAAAUAACUGUAUAAUAAUUAAAGGUCUUGUACAUUUGUUGUUCGUAUUCUGGAAUAAAUAUUUUUAUUAACAAUU